AUGGGGGACCGACAAGCAGCGCAGCACACUUUGAACAACUUGCUUCAUAAGCUGGAUGAUCCCGAUCCGGAUAUGAGAUACAUGUCCCUCAAUGAUCUUCUUGGUCUUCUAAACAACCCAAACUCGUCAUAUCUGGCUCAUGACCAAGGCUCCGCCUCGAAGCUGGCCGAGGGCCUCCUCAAGGCGCUUGAUGAUCAACACGGCGAUGUCCAAAACCAGGCACUGAAAUGUCUCGGUCCCCUCGUUCAUCGACUACCAUUUGAGAACCUCGCCUCUCUUCUCGAAAAGCUCACCAACCUCACUGCCUCCCAAACCAUCGAUACAUCCGUCCCCAACACCGCGCUACGAUACAUCGUCACUGCUCUCCCUCGCCCUCAGGCUGGACAGCCUCCCAGCCAAGAGGCCACUUCGGCUUACUCGGCGGUGUCUCGUGUGCUCAUACCUCGUCUGACGGGGCCCAUACCAUCACCUUCCAGCAGAAGAGGGUCUGUUGUCAAGGGUAUGCUCGAGAAGGAUCCAUCCAAGGGGUUCAGCAGCGAUGCCAUUGAUGUUUUUAUUCAAGUUGUCACUUGCUUCGGACCACUCUUGCAGGAAGCUGAGCUGACCGCCCUGCAAAACUCCGUCAUGUCCAUUGUUGAUAACGACACGGCUGGUACCGUGGUGACGAAGCGCGCACUGGCAGCCAUCUCGGCCUUGGUCCUUCAUUUCUCCGACCAUCAGCUUAACCUCUUCGUGAAAGAUCUCACCAAAAAGUUCAAUUCUCAACCCACUACGAUCCACCAGCGUCACCUUGUCGCCACGGUGGGCAGCAUAGCGAAGAGCGCCCCCGCAAAGUUUGGGCCCUACCUUCCGACGCUGGCGCCAUUCGUGUUCUCAGCCCUUGGUGAGGAUGCAGUGGCACCAUUCCUUCGUAUACACUUUACCAGAUUCAGAGUCGGCACUAUGCGUAUGCUAAAUUGGGCCCUCCCCGUUUGGGGUCUUGCAGCGUACACGACUGCCCGGAACAUCAUCACUCUGCAGUCGAACCAUCAGGUGUCCCCAAUUCUUCCUCGCCCCCAGGACGAUGUUAGCAUUCAACCACUUGCAGUGCGUGCACCAGCUGGCAUUCGAUGCGGCUCCGGGGUUGGCAAAUGUCCAGAGAAACUUUGCUGCUCCACUGCCGGUAGGGACCACUGCAGCUCUCCUGACUGCCAAAUCGACUACGGCUAUUGUGACGCGCACAUGACCCCAGGCGGAUCUUCCACCGAAGACAUUCCCCGUCCUCUUGACGGGGCUGCCCUUUACGGACCUAAUAUCAUUCGAUCCUGCACUGUCCCGGGUACUGUCGCUCUAACCUUCGAUGACGGGCCCAAGGAGUUCACAAAGGAUCUACUCGAUCUUCUUGACCGGUACGAAGCGAAGGCGACCUUCUUCAUCACCGGCAACAACAACGCCAAAGGUCAGAUUGACAGCCCUGGAAUGCCAUGGGCAGGCUUGAUUCGACGUAUGCACGAGAGUGGCCAUCAGCUUGCCAGCCACACCUGGUCUCACCAGGAUCUUAGCAAGAUCUCACGGUCCCAGCGUCGCAUUCAGCUGUUGUGGAACGAAGCCGCUCUGCGGAACAUUCUGGGAUUCUUCCCUACAUACAUGCGCCCUCCUUAUUCUAGCUGCACGGCCGAGUCCGGCUGCCUGGCGGAUAUGGGGGAGCUUGGCUACCAUAUCAUUCUAUAUGAUAUCGACACAGAGGAUUACAAGCACGACAGUCCAACGGAAAUCCAACGCUCCAAGGAUAUCUUCGAUAGUAGUCUGGAUGCUCGGACUGCCUUUGACCGUCCCUGGCUUGUGAUUGCUCAUGAUGUUCAUGAGCAGACCGUCCAUAACCUCACGGAGCACAUGUUGAAAAAGCUCACCGCCGAAGGAUUCCGACCAGUGACGUACUGGUACCGUGAAGACAACACUGUCGAUGGCCGCAACUCGAGAAAGGAGGUCUUCCAGGUUCCCUCGAAGAUAGUCUCAUUCGACGGGAUGUGUGGCGGCAAUGUCACAUGCGAUGGGUCCCGCUUUGGGCCUUGCUGCAGUGGAACCGGAUUCUGUGGCAACUUGACCACGUUCUGUGGCGAGGGCUGUCAGAUUGACAACGGAGUUUGGAUCGAGAGCCUAGCAUACUAG